AGGGGCUGUGGUUUAGUGGUAUAAUAUUCCCUUAGCAUGGGAGAGGUCCGGGGUUCGAUUCCCCGCAGCUCCAUUUUUUGUGAGAUGUUUGAUCUCAUUUUCGCAUGAGUUGCGGGUGGUGAGGAAGAAUGCUUGACAGGUUAUAGUAGUCUGCGACAGUCGGUGUCAGUAGCACGGCUGCUUUUUUUUUGUCCAGGAAGAGUUAGUUGAACAAGGCGACGCUACAUGGUGGCACUGUUAUGCUCAAUUGAACUCGCACCCUUUCUGUCAGCGUCGGCAUGGACCAACUCGGAAGACGGCAUGGCAUGUGAGAUAUACUUUGAACCGACAAAUGGAAUCUACACGAAUCAACCAAUCAGCAAGCUCACGCCUAUUGGUGAUACCAAGCCAGCCUUGAGCUUACGGCGAUCUCUGGUCUCAGGCCAGCCGUACCGAGCACAAAGAAACCCGGUGAUACGAUAAUAUAAGAACGACCCGAAUUGCCUCCCUUGAAAUAAAUCUCAUUCCCCCACCUCAACUUCAUCAGUCCUCAUGGCUACUACCCACAUCUACAUCAUCACUGGCGG